CUGUGCUUACCAGUCGUGAGUACAUUGGUUGCUGGCUGAAAUGUGUGUUGCUAUGCUGAAAUGGCUGCGAUAACAACCGUCUCAGACUUCAGUUGUUUUUCAGCUUUUCACGAGCAAACGACAUUUUUGUUGGAAAUACAGUUUUUGCGUUUCAAGUAUUAUAUCUAAUAUUCUGAAAUAUGUGCUCUAUGGAGAAGAUUUUGUGGGCCGGCGGCGCCGUUCUAACGGUAACUGGCGGCGGUUACCUGCUCUAUAAGGCCAAAAAGAAAUGGUGGGACGCGGCACCGGUAGAACUUGCACCGGUUGAACUUACACCGGCUGAAUCCGCACCGGUAGAACCCGCAUCGGUAGAACUUGCAACGGCUGAACCCGCACCUGCAGAACCUGCACCGGUAGAACCCGCAUCGGUAGAACUUGAACCUGUAGAACCCGCACCGGUAGAACUUACAUCGGCUGAACCCGCACCGGUACAACUUGCACCUGUAAACCCUGCACCGGUAGAACCCGCAUCGGUAGAACUUGAACCUGUAGAACCCGCACCGGUAGAACUUACAUCGGCUGAACCCGCACCGGUACAACUUGCACCUGUAAACCCUGCACCGGUAGAACCCGCAUCGGUAGAACUUGAACCUGUAGAACCCGCUCCGGUAGAACUUGCACCGGUAGAACCCGCUCCGGUAGAACUUGCACCGGUAGUACCUGCGUGUUACUACCACGACAGAUACGGGUCGGCGGCGCACAGAUGUCGUCCUCCGUGCGGCUACAGGCCAACUGAGGCAGGACAGCCGGAGCCACCGUGUGUGUACCACAGGCGACAUGGCGCGGAUGCAGUAAACUGCAUACUGCCGUGUGGAUUUGCAGGAGUGCAGGAGUACGGCAUAGGGGAGCCCGUACCAUAUUGCAUAUACCAUCGACGGUUCGGUCCGGAGGCGGUGAACUGCCGAGCCCCAUGUGGCUUUAGGGCCAUACACUGAGACUUUCAGGUGUGGAAAAACGGCCGUACUAUCAUGUUGGAGACCACUACAAUUAUUAGUUGUCUACGGCCGCCGUGUUUGAACCCAUCACGUUGUUUUUUCUCUCUAUCUAUUCAAGCUGUCAUCCCUGUGGUCGCAUUCAUUUUGUUGACCGCCGUCUCAGCCAUCCUCGCCGUGGCCGUCAUUCAUGUGGUUGGCCGUCGACUAAGUUUUGUAAAUUAAUAGUUAUUUAAGUUUAUGUAGAAAAAUUGUCCUGUUUAUUACCUUUCUCGUGAAAACCUUAGUGAUACUAAUACACUUAAUUAAUGAUCACCUAAUAAAUAUGUACUGUGUUAAUACGGAUGUUAUUGUUUAAUAUGUUAGGGAACUCGGGGCAAUUGCCCUGAUGUCGAAACACUUAAGCUAAAAUAUUAUGUACUU